AUGAGUAUUACUCUUUGUUUUAAAAACAAUAAUAUAAAGCCAGCAAUAAGGAUUUCAGUAAUUGGUUUAGUCGUCAUUUUAGCGACAAUGAUAGAAGAAAUUAUUAUUUUUAGUUUGAUAUCAGGUGUAAACAUACCUUUUGGUCCUGCAUUCGCUUUUGUUGUUUUAUCUGUCGUAUGCACAUCAUUGUUAAUUUUUUUAUUCUGGAAAAUUAAUCGAAUGCCUCAAGAAAGUCAGUAUUUAAAUAAUAAUGAAGGAGCUUAUAAUCCAUCCGAGGUUGUGGGCACUGCUACAUCAUAUUCUUAUCCAUCCCAAGUUGCGAAUACUGUUACAGCUCCUUAUCUUAUCAACACCCCAGGUUAUAAUAUGAGAUACUGA